CUGCCGCCGCAGACCAACGGGCAGCCCGCCUCCGAGACCAUCUACACCAACGGCAUCCACCCCUACCCAGCUCAAAGCCCCACGGUGGCAGAUCCCCUCCAGCAAGCCUACGCCGGCAUGCAGCACUAUGCAGCAGCUUAUCCCACUGCCUACGCGCCCAUCAGCCAAGCCUUCCCCCAGCAAGCGCCCAUCAUCCCCCAGCAGCAGCGAGAAGGUCCCGAGGGCUGUAACCUGUUUAUUUAUCACCUGCCCCAGGAGUUCGGGGACGCGGAGCUCACGCAGAUGUUCUUGCCUUUUGGCAAUGUCAUCUCUGCCAAAGUCUUUGUGGACCGUGCCACCAACCAGAGUAAAUGCUUUGGUUUCGUCAGUUUUGACAAUCCGACGAGCGCUCAGGCAGCCAUUCAGGCCAUGAACGGCUUCCAGAUCGGCAUGAAGAGGCUAAAAGUCCAGCUAAAGCGGCCGAAAGAUGCCAACAGGCCCUACUGACCCCUGCUCACCUUGGCCCUGCGGAGAGGCCGGGCGUCCUGUGGUGUCUGACGACUUCCCCCUUCCCCAAGUGCAGUAUCCAAACCUGUAACUCUCUUUCUUUGCAACACACCCUGGAGGAGGAAGGAGAGGAAGAGAAGGCAAUGGAGA